GCAGGCGCCCUGCGAGCUGGGAGCGAUUUAAAAACGCCUUGGAUUCCUCGGGGUCCGGGUAGGGAGAGCGAGCUGGGCGCCCCCCGGAUCCCCCACCCCCGGCACCCCAUGAGCCGAGCCUCGGCCCCAUGGAGCCCGGCGAUUAUGCCACCCUGGACGGGGCCAAGGCCAUGGAAGGCUUGCCCGGAGCCGGAGGGAGCCGGAAUCUAGCCGCCCGCUCCCCCCUCCCCAGCCACCCCGCCGCCGCCGGGGCCCCUCCGCUGCUGCCCGCCGCCGUCAGCUAUGCCCCCCUGGACCUGCCGGGCUCUGCGGAACCGCCAAAGCAGUGCCACCCGUGCCCCGGGGUGCCCCAGGGGACGGCCCCCGCUGCGGUGCCCUAUGGCUACUUUGGAGGCGGGUACUAUUCCUGCCGGGUGUCCCGGAGCUCGCUGAAGCCCUGUGCCCAGGCGGCCACCCUCGCUGCCUACCCCGCCGAGACCGCCGCGCCCGGGGAGGAGUACCCCAGCCGGCCCACCGAGUUUGCCUUCUAUCCGGGGUACCCAGGACCCUACCAGCCAAUGGCCAGUUACCUGGAUGUGUCGGUGGUGCAGACUCUGGGCGCCCCGGGGGAGCCCCGCCACGACUCCCUGCUGCCUGUGGACAGUUACCAGCCCUGGUCCCUCACCGGGGGCUGGAAUGGCCAGAUGUGUUGCCAGGGGGAACAGAACCCACCGGGUCCCUUCUGGAAGGCGGCAUUUGCAGAGUCAGGCGUGCAGCACCCUCCAGAUGGCUGCGCCUUCCGACGUGGCCGAAAGAAGCGCAUUCCUUACAGCAAGGGCCAGUUGCGGGAGCUGGAGCUCGAGUAUUCAGCGAACAAGUUCAUCACCAAGGACAAGAGGCGCAAGAUCUCGGCAGCCACCAGCCUCUCAGAGCGCCAGAUCACCAUCUGGUUUCAGAACCGCCGGGUUAAGGAGAAGAAAGUCCUGGCCAAGGUCAAGACCACCACUAAUCCGUGAGGGAGAUUCCUGGCUGGGGAGGUGAGGGAGAAGUGGGAGUAUCCUGGGGAGACCCAGAGUCCAAGGGUGCCAGGCUAGAGCACAGGACUCUGUUGAGGGGCUCCCAGGCCACAGCUCCUGGGCUGUUCCUCAGGGAUGGUCUGGGUGCCCCUGUGUGUUCUAGGGUGCCCAUGAGGCCCAGAGUUACAGUUCAGUUCACCAGAGUAACACACCACCCACAGGGCCCGUGGCAGUCAUAAUCAUUCAUCCUGGUGGUGGCAGUAAUCACCAUAACCAGUAUGAGUUACUAUGAUAAUUAGUUUCGUAUUUUCUAAUUAGAGCUCUGAAGAGCACUUUAGAAACUGCUUGCAUGAAUUGAGUUUAUUAUGAAUAAACUUGGAGGGAGACUCAAGGCAGGGAAGCUUCCUCUGGAUCCACUUACGUUUCCAAAUCCCAUCCCCCAUCCCAGUAACUGCAGCAGAGAGGAGAAAAGGCAGAUUCAUCCCUGGGACUACUGUUUCUUAUUUAGCAUUUUUCUAAGAUGACCCCUGGGCAGGAUGGACAACCCUAGAGGGCACCUCUCCCUCCCUCCCUUCCUCCCUGCCCACUCCCAAGGUUGUACCCGGCCGUCUCAGAAAGUCCCACUGUGAACUCUUAGAUUUUGUCCUUGGGUGAAAACGAAGCCAGAGAGCUGCCCUCCUGAGUCCAAGUCCUCCUUCCUGCAGAAAAACUGAGUUUGAGAAAGCGCCUGGAUAAUUCUCCAUCUCUCAUUUCCUUCCCUAAACUUUCCAAGUCUUCCCUUAACGUUCCCAGUGGUUUUGUCCGGGUUAUGGUUCAUUGGGCAUUUGGGAGCUGCAUGAGAUAGGUAUUUGUGGCCUUGUAGACGUGCCCCUCCCAGGCACAAAUAGGAACAGAACUAGAGAGUAGAACGUGACCCUACUGGCAGGCACGUCGCAAACACGCUGGACUAGCCAGGCUGGAGAGAAAACCGGAAAAUGACCCUUCACUACCUAUUCCCCCUCUGUUUGC